ACAUAUGGUGAAAAACCGUUACCUGAAAUGACAAAACCAAAGCAUGUAACUGUCAUUCUGAAUCCUCAAGCUAAUAAUGGGAAGGCAAAUGUCAGAUUUGAAAAAUUUGCUGCCCCAUUGCUGCAUUUAGCAGGUUUAAAAGUUAGUGUGUUUCAGACAGAAAAGGAAAAGCAAGCUCAAGAUCUGAUGGAAAUUAUGUCAAAUACUGAUGCUGUUAUUAUUGCUGGUGGCAAUGGAACUGUACAAGAGGUUGUUACUGGAUUGAUGAGGCGUCCAGAUAUAGAGGAAGCAAAGUUGCCUUUAGGUAUUAUACCUUUGGGAAAAACUAACACAAUUGCAAAACAUCUUUUUAGUUCCAAAGUUUCUUCAGAAGCUCAGUUGAUGGCAGAAGCUGCCAUGGCUGUGAUUCGAGAAACUACUGUUGCCUUGGAUGUUAUGAAAAUUCAGAAUUUUCAAAGUUCACAGUCUUUGGUAUCAAUUACUAAAUCAUUCAUUUUACCAGUAUGUCUCGAAGAUUUGGAUGAUCAGUAG